CCAAGCAGACAGUUCAGGGCACAGUCUGUCUGCUGGACUCAGCAAGGAAUUACAUAAGUUUGAUCACAGGAAGUCUUGUUACCGGGGUGCGUUCGGUGAACAGCCUAGACAGGGAAGGACCGGCCAAAGCUGUGCUGAGGGGUAGCAGUCAGGACGUGUCUUGCCAGCUGAGGUCAUCAUGUCCCUUAUGCUGCUGCAGCUGCUGUUACUUGUGCUGUCCGGCUCGGUGAGCUCCCACCCCCAGUGCCUGGACUUUAAGCCCCCGUUCCGACCUCCGCAGCCCCUCACCUUUUGCACCAUGUACAACGGCUUUGGCUGCUGUGACCAGGCGCGUGACUCGGUCCUAAUGCAACGCUAUGACCGCAUCCUUCUUCAGCUCACCGAAGACGCUUCCGCUGCCGACUGUGCCUCGUACGUGCAGGACAUGCUCUGCCAGGAAUGUUCUCCAUAUGCUGCACAUCUUUAUGAUGCUGAAGAUCUGUCUACUCCCAUACGGACAAUAGCAGGGAUGUGUGAAGAUUACUGCAUGGAAGUGUGGCAGAGAUGUCGAUCGAUUUUUUACCUCGUUUCCGAGAGCCAACAGGUGGCAAGGCUGCAGAUCAACAAACAAAAGUUAUGCAGUUACCUGGCACUAGAUGAUACUGACUACUGCUAUCCACACCUUCUCACAAACGAACAGCUAAACAACAACCUGGGACUGAUAACAUCAAAUAUGGAGGGCUGUCUUGAGCUAUGUCUUGAGGAAGUAGCCAAUGGCCUGCGUAACCCUGUUGCCAUGGUGCAUGCUAAUGAUGGAACACACCGAUUCUUCAUUGCGGAGCAGUUAGGAGUGAUUUGGGUGUACCUUCCUGAUCACUCCAGGUUGGAAAAACCCUUUAUGAACAUUACCGCAAAAGUACUUACUUCACCCUGGGAAGGAGAUGAGCGAGGUUUUCUUGGUUUUGCCUUUCAUCCGCAGUUUAAGUAUAAUGGCCGACUUUUUGUUUUUUACUCAUUUGAACAUGGUUUCUUUGAUGAAUAUGUUAGAAUUAGUGAGGUCAGGAUUUCUGCAAAUGACAUGAAUUCAGUGGAUCAUGAUUCAGAAAGGGUACUUCUGGAGGUGGAGCAGCCAGCAUCCAAUCAUAAUGGAGGAGGGUUGUUCUUUGCAGAUGAUGGCUAUUUAUAUAUUACACUUGGCGAUGGUGGCAUGGCCGGGGAUCCUUUUGGAAAAUUUGGAAAUUCCCAAAACAAAUCAUCACUGUUAGGAAAAGUACUACGAAUCAAUGUAGAUCACAAUAACCCUAAGAAGCCUUAUGGCAUUCCUGCUGACAAUCCAUUUGUCAAUGACCCACAAGCCAGGCCUGAAGUCUAUGUGUAUGGUGCAAGAAAUAUGUGGCGCUGCUCUGUGGAUCGAGGUGACCAAUUCACCAAGCGGGGAAAAGGACGUAUUUUUUGUGGUGAUGUAGGCCAGAAUAAGUUUGAGGAAGUGGACAUUUUAGAAAAAGGGAAAAAUUAUGGUUGGAGAGCAAAAGAAGGCUUUUCCUGUUAUGAUAAAAGACUGUGCAACAAUGCUUCUCUAGAUGACGUACUUCCAAUCUUUGCAUAUCCUCACAAGAUGGGUAAAAGUGUAACAGGUGGCUAUGUCUACAGAGGCUGUGAGUCUCCCAACUUAAAUGGUCUCUACAUUUUUGGUGACUUUAUGAGUGGGCGUUUAAUGGCUCUGGAGGAGAAUCAUCGAACUGGAAACUGGGAUUACCAUGAGAUCUGUAUGGGGUCAGGACAGACCUGCAUGUUCCCAGGUUUGAUCAACAACUACUAUCAAUACAUUAUCUCAUUCGCUGAGGAUGAGGCAGGAGAACUUUACUUCAUGUCUACUGGAAUACCAACUGCUGUGUCUUCUACUGGGGUUGUUUACAAAAUAGUGGACUCCUCACGGAGAGCACCACCUGGAAAAUGUCGGUACUAUCCUUUACCUGUAAAAGUAAAAGGCAGAGUAAAAGAGUUCAUUCCCAAGGAGAAACUUAUAGUGGAAUCAUUGCCAACCAAGCAACCAAAACAGAAAGCAGCUGACAGAGCCGUAGGUGCAGUAACUCAAAAGCCACAGACAACCACCCCAGACUGGUUGAAUCAAAUUUUGCAAAUUCUACAAAAUCAGCACACUGGUGAAGAAGCAGUGCUACCAUGGCCAACAAUAGCAACCACAACAAUAGCUACCACAACAACUCGAAAACCUCUAAAGGCUAGAAAGGAUAGAAAGAAUGGUGAGAAACGACGUAAGAGAAAGAAAAGCAAAACUACACCCAUUACACCUCUCCGCAGUACAGCUCAAGUAGGAACAUUGCAAGAUGGUGCCGUGAGACUGGUUGAUAACCAAGGCAGACAAGGACGGGGAAGACUGGAGAUCUUUAUUCAUGGUGAAUGGGGUACAGUGUGUGAUGACCUAUGGAAUAUAAAUGCUGCUACAGUGGUAUGCCGUCAGCUUGGUUACUCUAAUGUCCUUGGAGCAACCAGGAGAGCAGAGUUUGGGGAAGGAAGUUCUCUACAGAUUUUUUUAGAUGAUGUUGAAUGCACUGGAACUGAAAAAACACUCCUAGAGUGUUUCCAUGCAGGCAUUGGCAAACAUAACUGUUCACAUAAGGAAGAUGCAGGAGUAAUAUGUGCAGAUUAAUGAAAUACAUCAAAUAAGGGCUUGUACUAUAAAGUGCGCUAUGAGAUGAAUGAAGUAAAAGUAGUAAUAUGCACUGUUAUUAAUAAACACUAAUUUUGAUUUAGUUUCAUACCAUGGAGCUAUGCCUUUACAUUAAACAUAUGUCAUUGGUGCCAUUUAGUGAAUUAUUUCAAGGACUUCAGCAAAGCCUUAUUUAUUGGAUUUUUUAUAUUGCAAUGUCUUUUUUUUUUUUUUUUUUACCAUAGAUUAGAUAUAUCCUGCCAGUGAGAUAACAGUCAAAAUAAUGUCAUAGACUUUUUUCUCUUGUAUAUCCUGGAUGUGUUAUCUUGUUGAACUUGUCACACAGCACCUCAUUCAUUAGGGAGAAUGCACUUUUCUUGUGUUAAAACACUGGUCGAGUAAAUUGUGGGGUUUGACAGAAGUUUGUUUCAAAGCAUAAAAACAUGCUGAUCUAAUUUCUACUAGAUAAGUAAAAUAAAUUUUUAAAAUGCUGGACAUUUUUAUAAAAGUAAAACACAGGCAGAAGUUAUAAACAUGUCGAAAAUAAAUAUUUUAAUGUCUUUAUAAAA